UCGACGAUAACAAUAGCUGAAAGGGAGAAUGGAGUCGGUGUGACAGACGCACGUUGUUCUGCACACGGCAGAAAGAUCAGGACCAGGGAGAUUCUCGGCAACAGAGGAUUAACCUAACAAUGUCUGGUCAAAAGUUAGGAAUCGUUAGUUUAGGAAAAGCCGCGGGAAAGGUAAAAUUUGCACUUCUUGAUGAAAGAGAUAUAGGUCUCAUCAACCAGUAUGCAUUUGAGGCCAGAGUUGAAGUUGAUCCAGAUGGAAAUGGUGCCAAUAUCUUUGCUUACACAUACAAUUUAUUGAAAGGGAAGGAAUCGGGGCGAUUUCUACAUGAUUUCCUAUGGGAAAGACAUCGAGGAGGUAUAGCAUCUGGAUGGAAGGUGGUACACAAGAAUGGGGUGACAGUGGACAAUCGCCUGGAGAACCUCAUGUUGGUUCCUGUGGAUACACAACUUGUUUAUGAGGAUCUCCCUUCUACAAAGAACAGGGAGCACUCAUUGUACUGGAUGGCAGUCCAACAGCUCCAAAUUGCCCCUUUAGAAUGUCAUUAUCCCACUACACAUGUCUACACGAAACAGUUCAGUCCCAAUGGAGAAAAUAUUCAUGUAGACCAGGAUGAAGUAUGUGUUUAUUAUGAAUGCCACUACCCUCCCUGUACAAAUAUGGAGAAGAGAGUUAAGGAAUUUAGCAUCUGUGGACGUUGUCAAGAAGUGAGAUAUUGUGGUGCAUAUUGUCAACAGAUGGACUGGCCAAUUCACAAGAAGUUUUGUCAAGAGAGAAAACUCUUUUUCCCACUACAAGAAGAAAGCAUUGAUAGAUAGAGCAUAAAUGAAAGAAAGUCCAGGCAGUAAAAGACUGAAUGAGAGAAAUUUAAAAUCAACACAAAGUCUGAAUGAAAGAAAAUCCAGAUUAUGAAAGUUUGAAUGAGCAUGACUGUAUUUGAGUGCACACUAUACAACACUUAGAAAUCACAAUAUUUCUCAGCUUUGAAAGUUUUUUUUUGUAUGUUUGAACAUACAUGUAUCAAUUUAACUUUUUAAAAUUUUUCUAGAACUUAUUUUAAUGAAAUUUUACAUAAUGGAAUUCUCUACAAAUUAGUGUACAUUUACUUAAGCGUAUGAAUCAAUGGAUUUCAAGGAUUGCUAUUAACAUUUUCUUAAAAAGAAAUCAUUUGGUGAAAAAUUCAGUUUAAAUAUUGAUGUAGAAAUUCCAAAAUAAGUUUAUCUGGGAAUAGCUUUGUCUUCUCUGUGUGUCCUGUCCGAGUCACUGUUUGGGUGGAUAAUUUUCGUUAUUCUCUGUAGCAGAGAUAAGCUUUUAGAGUUUUGUGUGUAUGUUGUUAGUUUGCAGAGAAUUUGACAUAUUUAUUCCCUUUGACCAUUCCAUUGUCAUAUUGUUAUAUAUUUAUUUUGAAUUCAGCAUGUAGAACAACAGUAUUUUAUAAAGUUUUAAAAUGUGCUAUCCUAGUCAUAAAUUCUGUGAAAUCAUUUAUUUUUGUGGGGGCCAGAAUUCACCACCAGUUUUUAAUAUUAAAAAACCUCUAUUGAUAUUUUUGGAUACCUGGAAUUAGUUUAUAUUUCAUUUUCUUGGAUUGGUGACAAAAGCCUCUACAGAGUAAACAAUUUUACAGUCACUCCAUCAAAAAGCACACAAUAUACUGGUUAUUGUACUGAAGGAGUGCUAGAUUUUUUUGUGGGUUUUUUUUUAUGAAUUUAUUUUGUCUUUUAGUUUCUUCUUAUUUUAAUUGUACCAAAAAAGCAACAAAGAUUUGAUAAGGAAAAUAAGUUUAUGGCAAAAUGUUUUCUUUUUUAUAGCCUGUUUAAUUUUGAAUUUUUUAAUUUUUUUGGAGUGCUUUUAAUAUGUUACACUUUCUAUUUAGCAUUUACUCCUACGCAUUGAAACGGUUACAUACAUGUAUGUAUACUAAUAUGGUGCCAUCUGAGACUAAAAUGCUUUUUUUUAACUUGUGUGCCACUAAUCUUGUCUUAAUGAAAUACUGUAAUUGAUUUUAUAAUAGAUUCAAAAUCAGCAUUGCAUAUUUUAUAUUUAUAGAACUCAGACCAUUCCAACUAUGUACAUUCCCUUUAGAUAGUCUUUUAAAUUUUUUCAUUUGUUGCCAAUGAAGUCAAUUUCUUCAUCAAAAGAAAUCUGAAAAUUGAUACAUGUUGAAUUGACAAAGAUAUUUCAUUAUUUUUUAAAUUGAUUUAUUUUUUUUCUCAAUUUAGCUUAGCUAAUUUUCAUAAAUGUUUGAUAUGCAUGUAUUUUUACUUCUCCGUCCUGAAGUGGUUUUUAUCUAUUGUGGACAUUUGCAUUUUUGUUCUCCUAUCUUAAGAGAAAUAUUUCAUUCAGACUGAAUUUGCUUGAGACACUCUUGGUUUAGAAGAGUUUUGAAAAGGCAUUAUCUUAAUAUUUGAAUAUAAAGGAAUUUGGAAUAUCAAGCAAAUUUGGCCACUUUUCUUGCAUCAUGUAAUGUCACUAGUAUUUUGACACCAAGUCAUAGAUCUCUAGUCAUGAUAUUUGAUUUCAUGUUUUUAUUGCAGCAAAAAAAAAAAAACUGUUAUGGGAUAUGCUUCGCUAUUCCAUAAUCAACCACUAGCAAGCUUUUCAAUUGCCACUUUCCAGUUGCCACUGAUUAAUAUGAUAUGAUAGCUCCCAAUGUCAUUUCUGCAUAUCCUCAUGAAUAUUCAUGAUUUUGUUUUAUUUCCCAGCAUGCAUUAUUGUGUUGUGUCACUAAUCAAACUAAUAAUUAUUAUAUAUACAUUUAUGAUUUGUUUUAAUGAUUAACAGUGCAAUAUAGUUAUAGUCAAGAUAUCUACAACAUAUUUGAUUUGUUUGUUUUUACAGUUUGAAUAAACUAACCGUUUUACAGGUCCA